UCAUACCAUUUCGCUUUAGAGAGUUCAACGAAAUAUGAUAGGUUAAAAAAUGGUUAUUGUCUGAACAGCCAAUGGUGAUGCGGAUCUAACUCUGACCAAUAGACAGGUACAAUGUGCCGGAGGGGACGGCUCUUGACUCUCACGUCCAAUAAGAAAAGAGAAAAGGGAAACGCCUAAUUUGCAUAAGGCUUCUAUAAAUAGAAGGGCGGCCGCCACUAUUUCUAUACUGUUGUCACUGGGUAUUUGGUGAUUGAAGACUAGUGUACGUCGAGUACUUUGAGAGAAUAGCUUUUGUCAAGAUGCCUGAGCCAGCAAAAUCUGCUCCUGCUCCCAAGAAGGGCUCUAAAAAAGCUGUGACUAAGACUCAGAAGAAGGGCGAUAAGAAGCGCAGAAAGACUAGGAAGGAGAGUUAUUCCAUCUACGUGUACAAAGUGCUGAAACAAGUUCACCCGGACACCGGUAUCUCCUCUAAGGCCAUGGGGAUCAUGAACUCCUUUGUGAACGACAUCUUCGAGCGCAUUGCGGGGGAAGCGUCUCGCCUGGCUCAUUACAACAAGCGUUCAACCAUCACUUCUCGGGAGAUCCAGACCGCUGUGCGCCUGCUUCUGCCGGGGGAGCUGGCCAAACAUGCUGUGUCUGAGGGCACCAAGGCCGUCACCAAGUACACCAGCUCCAAGUAAAUAGUUUGCUGUGAGACUAUCAACACCUAUAACCCAAAGGCUCUUUUAAGAGCCAUCCACUUUCUCAUCCAAAGAGCUCUGCUAUCACUAACUGCUGGUGCUUGUGUUCUUCAAACUCCAACAGUGUAUUUUUUAAAACAAUCUGUAUUUGUGCUUUAGUUUCAGGCGACUUGUUAAAGCAUUUUUUUUAUUGCAUAUGCUCCCUAUAUCGAGGGGGGACUGAUUUCGUUUUAGUAAAUGGCAUUGUCAAUUUAAACUAUAUCGGGGUUUCAAAUUUUAAGGAAAAAUGUAGGUGUCCCGCGUCUUUCUCGUUUCUCCCCCUCCCAACCAAUAGUUCGGUGAGGUGUCACCUCCAUAUAAAAUAUGGCUAAACGGUUUGUCCGGUAAAUAACAUUUGACAUAUUACCAGAUUACACUGUUCAGUACUCUAUUUAACCGAAGAAUAAUCCUAGAGGUUCGACUAAAGUUUUGGCUCCAUGAAUUAUCUGUUUAUGUGCCUGAAGGAUAGUUGGUUUGCCUCAUAGUUUUCUAUCAUUCUUUAAGUUCCUGUAGCUAAAACUCAAAAAGCUUUCCCCCUCCCUCUCUAGUUUAUCUGAAUAUUGCUAUUUGGGACUGUUAACAUCUGGUAAAAAAAUAACAAAAUGUUACAAGUUAUGGGGGUGUUACAGCUCCUUUCAGCGUGAAGGUAGUGGGUUUUAAAAGAGCCUUUGGGACGUUUGGAAGUUGCAGAAGAGAGCUGAACUGAGCAGCCUGUAAACCCUUUCACCACGGAUACGCCGGCGUAACUGGAUGUCCUUGGGCAGGAGGUGACUCUCUUUUGCGUGACUGGCACACAGGUUAAAGUUAGUAUUUUCAAAGAGCCCACCAAUUCGCUGGCCUCCUAUCGGUCCAUAACGGCCGAGCUCUGGAAGCACAGAUAGAAAGCGGUCGCCACAAGCUGGGUAGUCAAUGUCAUCCCUGCUCUCUCUCUUACUGCUGAACAACCAUCACGCACACAAAUCCCCGGAGAUAAAGGGGCGGGAUAAUAGUUAACCCACAGAAUGGGCUGAAACCCCUCUCGAUCCUCGUAUUUUGUGUUUUAAUUUGCUGCUAGU